AUGUCGACACCGACGAACGCAUACUACCCUCCACCGCCGCAAAACUUUGAGUCUCCACCUAUUACCAUAGUCUUAACUAUCGUCCUUCUCAUCUUCUUCCUCCUCGGAUUCUUCUCCAUCUACUUCUGCCGUUGCUUCAUGGACGUCAUCUUCAACACGUGGCAUUUCCGACGAAAUCCCUCCGGUAACCUCUCCGGCUCCGGCGUCACCUCGGACGCAGUCGCCGCUCACAACGGCCUCGACCCUGCGCUUAUAAAAGCUUUCCCCACUUUCAUAUACUCCAGCGUAAGAGAUGCCCAGGAAGAGAACAGCAACAAGUACGGCCUGGAGUGCGCCAUUUGCCUGGUUGAGUUCGAAAACGAAAGCUUGCUACGCCUGUUGACAGUUUGCUACCACGUGUUCCACCAAGAGUGUGUUGACCUCUGGCUCGAAUCGCACAAGACCUGCCCGGUUUGCCGCCGUGACCUCGACUCGUCCCCCGCGGCUGCCGUAAAACCGGCGGAGCAGCCUAAUACUCCUCCGCCGCCGCCGGACGACGGGGGCAGUGUGAGAAUCGACAUUGAUAUUAGCGACGAAGGUCGAGCGCAACCGCAACAAAAUUGGGGUGAUCGUCAUCGUAACGGUAAUAAUAUGUCAAACGACAUCAAGAACAAUGGUACUGAUGAUGGUCAUGGAAAACGACGCGAUAAUGAUGUGAUUGAGAGAUUCUCGAGGUCGCAUUCGACGGGGCAUUCCAUAGUUAGAGGUUAUAAUUAUAGAUUAUCAGAAGAAGAAGAGAAUAGGUAUACGUUGAGAUUGCCGGAGCAUUUGAAGACGAAGCUUUUACGAGGAGGAGGGCAUCAUUGGACUGGAAGCUGUGAGACCUAUGGAGACUUCCAAAGCAGUAGAAGCAGUAAUGGAGGAUUUGGCGAAGUGUCUGAGCGUUGA